UUUCACUAUCAAAUAACAAUUUCAGUUUCUGAUUUCUCUUGCUAGACUAAUCUAGGGUUAGGGCUUUUAUCUCUUUCCCAAUAUGUCAGAAUCAAAGAAAAUCACCCUCAAAUCAUCCGAUGGCGAGACAUUCGUCGUCGAUGAAGCGGUCGCCGUGGAGUCACAAACCAUCAAACACAUGAUUGAAGAUGACUGCGCCGAUAACGAGAUCCCGUUGCCUAACGUGACAAGCAAGAUUCUUGCUAAGGUUAUCGAGUACUGCAAGAAACAUGUGGAAGCUGGUUCUGAUAAGGAGAAGAAUGUUACAGGUGUUGCUGAGAAGGAUGAGUCUUUGAAGAGUUGGGACACCGAGUUUGUCAAGGUUGACCAAAAUACCCUCUUUGACCUCAUCCUGGCAGCUAACUAUCUGAACAUCAAGGGCUUGCUAGAUUUGACCUGCCAGACUGUGGCUGACAUGAUCAAGGGGAAGACUCCAGAAGAGAUUCGCAAGACAUUUAACAUCAAGAAUGACUUCACUCCAGAGGAAGAAGAGGAGGUGCGCAGGGAGAACCAGUGGGCAUUUGAGUGACGGUUCAAGCUGUCCUCACAAUGUGGUUCAUACUAUGAUAGGAAGUGUUAUAUAAAUUGCUAUGCUGCUCUAUUAUUUUCUCUAGCUAGUAGUAAGUUAAUGUCUAGUUUUAAGGUUGAGGUCUUUUCACAGACUGGUGGAGUAUUGCUUCAGACUUCCUCCCUAUGGAGCUUAAUUGAAGUUUGUCAGCGAACCUCUUUCUUAUCACAACAUGAUCAGAUUUUAUGUAUGCAAUUCAUACUUAAUCUGUCCUUGCUUAAUUGAUGCCUAUGAAUUGUCGUGCAUUUUAUCAAACAACUCUGUCGAAUGCCAAGUUAUGAUUUAUCUAAGCAACUCUUUGUUCUUUGCUA